GUCCCUCUCGUCGCCAUGGCCGGUCGAGAUUACUGUGCCGCGAUUCAGGAGCUGAAGGAAACCCAUGAUCGCCUCGCAAGCAGCAUAUCGGAUCUAAAUAGCUUUAAGGACUGGGUCCUUGGCUCAAAGCGGACGCUCGACAAUCUUCAGAGAAGACUGGUACUGGAGGAACAAGCCCGGCGAGCUGCAGAGGAGAGAGAAAACGCACUAUUAGAAGAAGUUGCUCGCCUACGGGCCCUUCUCCAGCAAGAGCGAGACUGCCACAUCCCCUACGACAGAAGUUGUGCGCGUACUCGAAGUGGUCGUCUUGUGAGGAACUAACCGUGCUUCAAGUUGAGGCAUACAAUAACAAAGUCAUUUGGCCCCU